CUACAGUAGUGAUUCUGGAUUUUAUUCUCAUUUUGCAUAGCAUUGCAAGAGUCUCACUGUUUAUCUCCUACGUCGAUUUUCACCUCCAUUCCUCCAUCCGGUAUCGCGCCGGCGUUCGCGGAGGAGUUCUCGAAGAUCCGGCUGUUCAUCAUGGUGGGAAAAAAGUCGGGGAAGGCCAUCCUGAAGGAGGAAGGCCUGGAGCGGACUGAUAAUAAUAUGGAGCUUACGAGCUGGCCGCAGGUCGUCGCCAUCAACCAGAAGAAUUACUAUACGGAAUACCUGAAACGAGACGACCAGAUCCUCGCUUAUCGUCUACAAAAUGAAGCGGCGAGAGAUCGGAUGGCAAAAAAUGCUAAAGAUCGGGAUAGAGCCCUCGCGAUCAAAAAUGAAGUACCACUCCCUGAGCCAGAAACCGAAGCCGACGGGGAUACCACGAUGGUCGAUGCGAGCGGAGAGAAGGUGCAGGAAGUAGCAGGAUCCAAGACGAUCGUGAUCCAUGUUGGGAGCCAGAAUUUGCGAAUCGGUCUCGCAAGUGACGCCUUGCCAAAAACCGUCCCAAUGGCUAUAGCGCGAAAAGCAGAGGAGAACGAAGCGGAGCAAGAUGGUGGAGAGCCCAAGCCAAAGAGGUUGAAGUUAGAUGAUGGUCUACCUAUGGAACCUGAAAAAAUGUUCGGACCUGAGUUUGCUUCGAAGUACACAACGAUGUGCGCGGAAUUGAAGGCGCAUAUGCGCGCCAACAAGAGGAGAACACUUCCAAACUCAAAAGAGAUGGUUGUCAACUACAACCGAAGAACGCCUCCAGAAACGAUCUCGGAGCACAAUGACCCUAUGAGGAUUGAAUGGACUACAGUUGGGCCAAAUGAUGCACCUGAAUAUAUUGUCGGAGAGGCCGCCUUGAGAAUUCCAGACUAUUCCCAGCCUAGAUAUAAACUCUUCUGGCCAAUUCAGAGUGGAUGGUGUAAUGAGAGAGAUUACGAUGACAAAAAUAUGUUGUUCUUGGAUAUUUCUCUUAUCAUGGAAGACGCUAUUAAAACUCAGCUAGGUCUCACGCGCAAGAAAGAUUGGGCCCAAUAUUCAUGCGUUUUCGUUAUACCGGAUCUUUACGAGAAGGCGUACGUCACGCAAAUCCUUGACAUGUUAAUGCGUGAAUUUGGCUUUGGUCGAGUUUGUUUUGUGCAAGAAAGUCUCGCGGGCACGUUUGGUGCCGGCUAUACGGCUGCUUGUGUGGUUGAUAUCGGAGCACAAAAGACUUCCAUCUGCUGCGUGGAAGAAGGAAUGUGUAUCGAAAAUUCCCGUGUUAAUCUCAAGUAUGGCGGAGCAGACGUCACUGACACAUUUAUCAAAAUGAUGCUUUUCGACCAUUUUCCAUAUGACGAGAUCAACUUGAACCGACGAUACGACUUCUUGCUGGCCGAGGAGCUCAAAAGAAAUGUCUGUACAUUGAAUGAAACGAAUGUUUCCGUUCAAGUAUUUGACUUCCAUCUCCGAGCUUCAGGGCAGGACACGCGGAAGUACACGUUCAAGGCUUAUGAUGAAGUUAUACUAGCACCAAUGGGGUGGUUCCAGCCCGAAAUCUUUGAUCUCUCCAAUAAGUUAAAAGGAAGGCGAAAACUUAUUGCCCGAACAUACGACCUCUAUGAUGGACAGCCGAAUGAUCCCGUGUCCGCAGCUCAGACAGCAAUCCUCACAGCCAUUGCUCCACCUCUUCCAACUACUAACGGCGACCUCUCACUGAAUGGGAGCUCAAACGCGCCCGCAGAUGUCCAAUCUACACCAGCUAGGUUUCAACAUAGCAACCCUCUAAACCGCCUCCAGGAUCUUGAAGCGACCCCACGCUCAUCGGCGGCAGCUUCGCCAGCUCCAGAAGUCGCUGCAACUCCUCAGGGGGGCACGUCGACACCUAUCCCUACGGGGCAAAGUACAGCUGAGGUGAACCCCACCCGACGGCCAACCGUCGAUGAAAGGGACGAUAUUUUACCUAUUUUCCCUCUUGAUGAUGCCAUUUUCACCUCGAUUACUCAUGCGUCGCGCCUUGACAACCGACGGUUUACUGACUUCCUGGGAGGAAUAUUGGUUAUCGGGGGUGGAAGCCUUAUCUCGGGAUUCCAUUCAUUCCUGGAGGAACGGUUGCAAGCCAAGCAUCCGGAGCAUUCCAACUCCGUCCUUGUUGGAGCUCCCCCGCGAGAACUUGAUCCCCAGGUCGUUGCAUGGAAAGGGGCCAGCGUUUUCGGAAAACUUAACGCCACGAAUGACAGCUGGAUUGGCAGCCUGGAAUAUGAUCGCCUUGGCAGUCGAGUAAUGACUUAUAAGUGCAUGUGGAACUGGUGA